UCUUCGGACUAAGGUGGACACAAGGUGUAGGUGUGCAGUUCGGAUGACGCUCAUUUCUCUACCUCCUACCGUGAACACCCCUCUCCUGCAGUCCAGAGUGCAACCUGCGUGCUUUUACAGCAAAAUGGCGACAGUCUAAUAGAGGGAGAGAAGACGGUGUCGGGCGCAGUGACAAACUUGAAGACAUGAGCGCUCGUCCUGAGAAAGUAUCGCUGCUAUGUCUGAUCUGAAGCUGAAUGCGCAAGAGGACAAAGACGUGGAAUCAGUGUCUGACAGCCCAGGUCGUACUCAGGAGCCAUUACAGACUCACACAUUCUCCCCGAAGAACAAUGCUGCAGGUCUGUCCUCAGAUGAACACGAAAACCCUUUAAAUGGAACCCAGCCGAAUCCAUUUGUAUACAGCAGUGUCCCUGCUGUUCCCCAUGCAGGCAAUUCAUUGCCUUCAGGAGCACUUGUUAAUGGACCUGGUUCACACCCCAACUCAGAGGUACACUGUGUCCUGAACAAAGGCACUGUUUUAUCCAACAGUGUCCUGGAUGCCGUGUGGCAAGCGGAGAAGGACACGAGCCCCGAGGUGUUACCACCACCUAGUGAGCUUCAAUCAGACGCUUGGAAGAACACAGUGGGACCCGACGUAAAAACACCGGCCACACAGCCAGGUGUCAACACGCCACUGUCUCACUCGGAGGAGAAUGAGUCUAAACUGGCCUAUUCCACGCUGUCAGGUGACAGUGCAGAGCAAAUGCACAUUAGCCAACCUUUGACAAAACAGACAAUAAAAACAAGAUCUCCACGGGACAUGGAACGGUCUGGAGUCUCCUUGGAUGAUUAUGAUAAUACUGAAGUAAUCAGGUGGGAUUCAACAAGAAAAUGCUUUUUGCACAAUGACAGAAGGCUGGAGACCAAAGUGAUGCCCCAAAGAGACAAGAAGCACAAUACACACACGAAAAGCAUGUUAGGCUGUCUUGAAAAGGUUAACAACAGCUACAGACAUUUCUGCAGUGGUAAUGAUGUUGAAAGUGUUGACACUGGCAACAAAGAUGAAUUUUUGGGUACACAAUCUGACAUUAAAUAUUCAGUUAUGCCAUUCAAAGACCUUUCUCGGAACAUAGCUUUAGACUCUGAGAGCCAUAUUUAUAGCACAGCGCAGGGAGGCAGUAAUGAGGAAAAUGACCCUGAAGAUGAAAACUGUGUUAGUCCAAAAGUGGAACAGUUGAAGGCAGAGCAACUUGAACAAGAUUCACUUUUCUUUUCAUGCACAAUAUGCAAUGUUAAUUUCAAGGAAAAAAGGCAUUUCCAUAGACAUAUGAUGUAUCAUUUAGGCAAGCAUAAUCAGGUGAACAGUGAGAAUGAUUCACAGCCCUUUAUAUGCGGAGAGUGUGGGCUUUUGUUCUGUGAUAGCAACUCCCUCAUGAGGCACAUCAUUAUUCACCAAGAUAGGCUGGAAAAACUUAUGGAGGAAAUCGAAGGUCUCAAAAAGACUGAAUUUGAAGACGGGGCCACCGCAGUGCCGUGCUCUCGGUGCACGUUUGGUUGUAACUGCCAAAAAGUCUUUGUCCAGGGUACUAAAACACAUGAUAAUCUGAAGCACUACUACUUUUGUGAGGAGUGUAAUUACAUUUCCUUGACACGGCAGGCACUCGUAGCACACUUACAUGUCGCACACCUCAACACACACCAGCCUCAAAACAGGAAAAUGAGUCAUACUAAUGAUGCAGAGGGAGCACAACAUUUUAAACCCAAUGCCAGCUGCACUAAAAGCAUGCUGUCACCAUAUUUGUGGAGAAUCGACAAGCAUGGAAAGUUACUCUUACAACCAGCAGAAAAAUUGGAUGUGGAAACUGAUCUCACCUGUGUACAAGAAGAUGCUGAAAACAAUGACUGCAGGGCUUUUGGCAGCUUAAAGCUGGCAAACCGUCCUACAGCCGCUGCUUUUACAGCCAGGAAGCUUAAAUUGGACCAGAUGUUCUGUCAGGGAAGCAAAAAUGACCCCGUAAACGGGAGUUUACAAGUACAAGUAAGCCAAAAUUCUCCAUCAAUGGGAAAAAUGACUACACCUUUGCAUAACACUACUGAAAGAAUGAAUGGUAAUAUAUUGCCUGGGCUUAGCCAGAGGCUUAAGAAACAGCAUGCAGUUAGGGAGUUAAAGAAAGGCUGUGAGGGUGAUGAUAACUUCAGUGAUGACACCAGCGAAGCUACAGGCAGCUUCUUGGAAAGCAGCGAGAAUGAAAGGAACUCAUAUGCUCGGAGGUAUUUGAAAAAGAGGCAGAGCUUUACAGCCAAACACCAAAGCCCCCACGCACUCAAGGUUGAAGAUGAUGGAGAUGAAGACUGCAGUGACAUAGAACAGCUCAUAAUCAAAGAGGAGCACAUUGAAACGACAGUGAGUGAUGAUUCCACAGAAUUGCCUAUUACAUCUCCAAGUGAUAGUUUUGAUAUGUCCCCCACACCAUCAGUAAAACAUAAGCCCUGUCCUUACUGUCCUGCCACGUUUGAGUCCGGAGUGGGUCUGUCCAAUCACGUGCGAGGACAUCUUCACAGAGCUGGGGUGAGCUAUAAUGCCCGGCACAUGGUUUCACCGGAGCAAGUGGCGUUGUGGGACUAUCAGCCAAGAAUCCGCAGAAAGAUUUCUACUGGCAUGAGAAAAAAAGCUGUUAAGCCAGAAACUCGAGGACAACAUGCGUGUCCUGUGUGUUUGGAAUGUUUUGAUAGCAAAACUGGCAUCUCUAACCAUGUGAGGGGACACCUGAAACGAAUAGGUACAAGUGUUACCAGCAGCAGUAAGUCUCCACUGUGCAUACUAAAUGAAUUGCUACAGAACAAAACGGAACAUUGGAACAACCGUCUGACUAAGAGUCAGCUCUCCUCACGACCUUUAGCCUCUCAGAAAUUCAUCUGCAGCAAUGGCCUGUUCCUGAUGCACACAAGCAUCCCAGGGAAACUCCAACAUGUCAAAAGGAGUCUGCAUCCCAUAAUGAAAAGCCUUGUGUGUAAACACAUGGUAGAUAACCCCUCAGAAAGGAAGAAGCUACAGGGGGAAGCAGAAAGAGGCACUACAGCGUCAUCAAGCACUUUAGUUGAACUCCUCAAAGCCAAACAGGAAAGUGUGGAGCUUGCAGUGAGCCAGGAAGCCUAUGCAACCAGGAUGAUCUGUGAGAUGACCAAAGAUUAUAUGGCCGAAACAGAGAUGACCAGUCGGGAACCAAACUGGACUGCUGGGGAAUGUGACUCAAAAAAGAUUUAUAUUCAGUGUGACAGCACCUUCCCCACUGUUUCCCAGCUUCCUGGUCAUAUUCAAGCAAAUGCACACAGGAAGAGGAUUGCAAUUUUUGAAGAAGCAGACUAUGAUUUUAGGAAGAAGAAACCAAGACUGAGGCCGGGGCUCAAAAAGAAUAAUUUACCUUCACUGAGUACUGAGAUGUGCACACUGACCUGCAGAUUCUGCGACCUAGUUUUUCAUGGUCCCUUUUCCAUUCAGGAGGACUGGAUCAGGCAUUUACAGAGGCACCUUCUACACACCAGUGUACCCCACUCAGGGAGAGGGAUGGUAGAGGUUUUAGCUCUUCAUCAGAAAAUACAACUAAGCAUGUCUCACGAGGACCCAGAAACAGGGUAGUUUUACUUCCAGAUCCCUCCAGAUCUAUGUAUUUCUCUCUCUCGCUCUCUUUCUCCCUCUAGAUAUAUAGAUAUAUCUAUAUAUCUAUAUAUAUCUA